ACUACUGUCCAUGCUGGACGGCAGUUCUCCCAGCAGAGACCAAGAUGGUGCUGCUCGGGAACCUCACGGCAAGUCCGGCGGCCACCGCCAUCCGGCAGGCGCAGCGCGCGGACGGCCCCGCGUCCGUGCUCGCCAUCGGCACGGCGAACCCGGCGAACUGCGUGCGGCAGGACGAGUACGCCGACUUCUACUUCCGUGUCACCAACGCAGAGCACCUCACCAAACUCAAAUCCAAGCUCCACAGAAUAUGUAAAAACUCUGCCAUCAAGAAGCGUUACUUCCACCACACCGAGGAGAUGCUGCGUGACCACCCUGAGCUCAUAGACCGGGCAUUGCCAUCCCUGGACACCCGGAUGAGCAUAGCCGCCACCGCCAUUCCCGAGCUGGCGGCAGCGGCCGCGACCAAGGCCAUCGCGGAGUGGGGGCGCCCGGCCACCGACAUCACCCACCUCGUCGUCAGCACCUACUGCGGCGGGCACAUGCCCGGCGCCGACCUCCGGCUGGCCUCCCUCCUCGGCCUCGCCCCCUCCGUCCGCCGCACCAUGCUCUACCUCAACGGCUGCAACAGCGGCGCCACCGCGCUCCGCGUCGCCAAGGACGUCGCCGAGAACAACCGCGGCGCUCGCGUCCUCGUCGUCUGCGCCGAGCUCACUCUCAUCCUGCUCCGCGCCCCCGAGGACGAGGCCGACAAGGCCACGCUGGUCAUGCAGGCCCUGUUCGGCGACGGCGCGGGCGCCGUGAUCGUCGGCGCCGACGACGCGAACCGCGGCGCCGUCGUCGAGCGCCCGCUCUUCGAGAUGGUGGCCGCGUCGCAGACCGUGAUACCGGAGUCCGAGCACGCCGCGGCCGGGCGGCUCGGCGAGGAUGGGCUCCUCUUCCGCCCCGCCGUCGAGAUGACAACGCUGGUUCGCGAGAACGUCGAGCGGUGCCUGGUAGACGCGCUGGGGCCGCUCGGCCUGAGCGGUGGCUGGAACCGGCUAUUCUGGGCGGUGCAUCCGGGCGGGCGAGCAAUCUUGGACGGCGUUGAGGCGGUGCUCCGGCUGGACCCCGAGAAGCUGGCGGCGAGCCGCCAUGUGCUGAGCGAGUACGGGAACAUGUCCGGGCCGACGGUGAUCUUUGUGCUCGACGAGAUACGGCGACGCGGCGGAGAGCAUGGGGUUGGACGUGACGGCCUGGGUGUGCUACUGGGGCUCGGGCCUGGAAUUUCCGUUGAGACGAUAGUGCUGCACGCCACUGGUAAUUUACUAGAACGGAUUUACUAGCGCUCGGUAAAUGACCUCGUAAAAAUAAGUUUGCACUCACGGUCAAAUAAACCCGUUCCACUUCAAUCAUUUCAAAAUAUAAGUGGUACUAAUUUUCGAAAAAGUAAAAAAAAAUCACCAAGUUUUUAGUACUAAGAUAUAUCAAUAUCUGCAAUGUUAAAUAAAUAUAAUAUAAUAUAUAUUUGAUGAUGAAUGUAAAAUAAUGAUUUAGUAUUGUACACAUUUAUUCCCUAUAAAAAAAUAGUCAGAUUUCAAAACUUGGUCAAAAUUAAAUAAAUUAAACUUUUCAAAAAAAAACCUUAUAUUUUAUAAAUAGGGAGAAGUGGCUACCAGUAAUGUAGCGUCUCAGCGGAAAUUCCGGGUCCGGCCCUCAGUAUCACACCCACACCGUCACGUCCAAUCCCAAGGCCUCGCGUAUCUCGUCGAGCACAAAGAUCACCGUCGGCCCGGACAUGUUCUCAUAUGUGCUCAACACAUCUUCAUUGUAUUUCAUAUUUCACAGCCAACUAGAGUGUCCAAUAUGUCUGAAAACCGACUUGCAAUGCUUGAUUCGGGUCGAAGUUUACACUUUUAUGUUAAGCUAUAUGGAAUUAGGA